GCCACAGUGAGGAUUCUAGAACAAAUACACGGCGAAAAUCGAAAUACAGGCUGGUUAAUUUCCACGCAAGCGCCGAGCCACGAAUUUACAAUGGGAGUCAGAGUUUGGAUAAAAUCACGCCGAUCCUACAGAAGUUGACACCGGAGAGCUGCGCCAUGAUAGCUGUCAAAAUUGACAGACUGUCAAAAGAAUCAACGCAUCAGACCUUUGCGGCCUUUGAAAAAUUUGUCACGGAGCAAUACAACAUCCAAAUGUUGUCGGAAAGCAUCGGGCGAGCGAAAGAGAGAAAAAAGAAAACGUCGAACAAGAUACAUCCGUAUUCGGGUAGAGAAAGAGAGACAGAGAUAUCUUAUGUGACCUGGUGAAAUUAUUCAUAGAUGUAAUAAUGGUGGAUGUAUUGACGAUGCUCGUGGAAUUAAAUGCACCAUUUGAAUAUUGAAUUUCAU